GAUCUCUUGUUUACAUCUGUAAUUUUAUCAAAACAAUAAAUUCAAAAUCAAGUAUAAAAUUAAACAUUCAAAUAUGGCCACAGCUAUUUCAGAAUCACUUCUAUGUGUUGGGUUUAAGUGAUUAUAAAUUAAAAAAAUUAAAACAUUCAAAUAUGACCGUAACUAUUUCAAAAUAUUGUUUGAAUUAAAACAGAAAAAAAGAAGAAGAAAUCCAAAAAAGGAAAGGAAGGAAAAAUCUGAAAACUAAAAAGGAAAUAAGGAAAAAGAUUAUGGAGUAGAUUUGUCAAUUUGGGGCUACAAUUACAAAGCGCCGACUGCAUAGCCAUCUGCCGAUUCAAUCGACGAGUGAAGAUUCAAAUGCUUCGUCCCCACAAGAAUCUAUGCAGCUUCAUCUAUGGCCUGAACCACCAUCAAUUCCUUCACCUUAUGCGUUCAGCAUCCACUUAUCAACACAAUCACAUAAACCAUGGCGCGAAUGGAAAUCUUCGGAAGAAAGAUGAGAACGAAGAAGCCCACUUGUAUUUCUACAAGAGUAGAGGCCAGCACAUUCUUACAAACCAACGAAUUCUGGACUCUAUUGUUCGAAAAUCUGCAAUACUUCCGACCGAUACGGUCUUGGAGAUCGGACCCGGCACCGGAAAUCUGACAUUGAAGCUAUUGGAAGCUUCUCAAAAGGUCAUAGCCGUUGAAAUCGAUAAAAGAAUGGUCGAGGUUCUUCACAAACGCGUGGUGGAGCACCAACUUGAAGACCGCAUUUGUGUCAUAUGUCAAGAUGCUUUGAAAUGUGAAUUCCCUCAUUUCGACCUCGUUGUGGCCAACAUCCCUUAUGGUAUAUCUUCCCCGCUUGUGGCCAAGUUGGUAUACGGGACAAUUCCAUUCCGGAGUGCCACGCUUCUACUUCAGAAAGAGUUUGCACGGCGGUUGUUGGCGGAUCCUGGUGAUUCUGAGUAUAAUCGUUUGGCUGUUAAUGUGAAACUGGUGGCUGAUGUGGAGCAUGUCAUGGAUGUAAGCAAGAGGGACUUUGUUCCUUGUCCUAAAGUCGACUCAUCUGUGGUGUUAAUCCGGCCCAAGAAGGAAGUUCCAGAAGUGAACCUGGAAGAAUGGCGAGCGUUCACUAGAACUUGCUUUGGCAAGAAGAAUAAGACACUUGGGGCAACAUUCAAGCAGAAGAGGAAGCUGAUGGACCUUAUGCACUCAAAUUCAAUGGAGGGCUUUAAUUCCUUCAGGGAGACGGUCAUACAGGUUCUAAAAUCCGGGGACUUUGAAGAUAAAAGACCGGUGAAGUUGUGUAACGAAGAAUUGCUACAUUUGCUAGCGUUGUUUAAUCAGUCUGGAAUUUAUUUUCACAAUAGAUCAGACCUUCAAGAUGCAGAAAGAAGUGUCUUGGCUGACGCCUAUAGUUCAGAACAAGAGUAAUUUUCCUGCUUCAUUCUCAAUGGUGAGGGAAGUAGCUUUUGAGAAGUAGAAACUAGUCUUCCUUUUGGCGUUUCACUGUACUUUCUUAUUUAUCACUUGAAUUAUAGUUCGUACUCUUCUCAGGAAAGAAAUAUCAUUUUAUUAAAGUUUAACUCGCGGCAUUUGCCUCAUGAAUUGGUAGUUUGUAAAAUAACUUAAAGUUAAAAGAUGGAGCCUAUUUUGAUUUGAUUGCAAAGUGUGUUAAUCCCACGACUCAGAUUGGCUAUUUCUCAA